UCAGUUUUCCAGUCACCUCCAAAUCAUUCAAGAUGCAGAACAGUACCAAGGACCAGGGUGUCCAUCGUCGCAGGGCGCUGGACAAGUAGACGUUUGUCUGUCCCUUCUCCCUUCCCCUCCUUGGGCAGGGAGACCGUCCGUGUAGGCGAGCUGGCGGGUGAGGGGCGGCCAGGAUUUUUCUGAGCGGGCCUGGCGCGCCCCAGGGCAGGUGAGACCCGCGCAGGCCUCGUCCACGCGUGCCCGCUGUGCCCGCGAGCAGCCAGCAGGGGGCGGCAGAGAGACAGGAGUGGUCCGCGGAGGAGCCCAGCUCCGAGCCCAGCCGCGCGAACCCACCGAGCCCGCGCUCAGAAGCCCGGUCUCCCACCGACAGGCCGCUCGGCUCGGAAGGCUGCUGGGUCCUUCCUCUCCCUCAAGUGCAGGCAGAGCCCCCUGAGCCAUGGCCAGCCCUUCCAGCAGCCCCGAGGACACGGGCAAGCUCCGAGGCAGGGAUGGCCGGCAGAGGUGGGAGGCGGAGGACGCCCCUCCGGAGGAGAAGAGGCUGAGGCUGGGGCUGGAAGGAGGAAGCGCGGCGAGGGAGGAAGGGGAAGACGCGCCGCAUCUGGGCAGGGAAGAGACCGGUACCCAGACAGGUGUCGAGGACGGAGGCGAUCUACCGUCCCUGCCGUACAGCCUGGUCGAGGGUCAGGACGACACAUCUGAACAUUCAGCCUGCUUCUCCAGUGCCAACAGCAGUCCGCAUGCCUCAGUACCAGAGAUGUUCCCUGCGUUUACAGUUCCAAGUUCACUCCUGCCUGACGUCUCCAGGAUGUUUAACCUUGUGGCGAGAUCCCAAAGUGCAGUCAGCCUGUGUAUUAGUGCUGACCCCGCGAUGACGUCAAGGGGCACAUGGACUUUUGUUUCUGUUGUUUUGUAUUGAUUGUUGUUAUGUGGUUUCAUGACAAUCUUCUCUUUAUAGCAACUGAUACUGGCUUUCUGUUUAUGGUAGUGAAAUGUAUUUUGAAAAUAUUAAAGUUUUAAAAAAGAUGAAUUGACUUAAAGAAAAAAAUAAUAUGGAAAUAAGAAGAACAUGGAAAGAAUAUGGCAAGAUGCUGUGGUAGUGAUAAAUGAAUGGCUAAGAGUGGAUUCCUUUAUCAGAGAUGUUCAUGCGGUCCUGGGCAGGGUCCAUGUGUGUGCUGUGUAUUUGAAAUGCUUCCUUCUUUUUCCCCAAUCAACGCUGGUGUUUGGUACAAAGCUGGACUCUCCAAGGUCCCAACUUUUGGCCUCUGUCUGUUCCCCCUAAAAGAUUUUGAGGUUGUGUUUUGUUUUUUUUUUAAAUAAUAAACCUCAUU